GUCUAUCCCUCCCGGGCCGACACGCUCGGCGUCGUCGCUUCGUCGUCGUCGCUCACUGCCGUGCACUCGCACACGGACCACGAGUCGGUGGGCUACAUGCGCUUCUCGCUCUCCGGUGUCUCCCCCAGCAUCGUCGACGCCAAGACGCGCGUCUACCUCUCGCUCUCGGUCAAGGCCACCGACGUCUCGGAGCUCCAGCUCGCGACCAUCCCUCUCUCGACCAUCCAACAUGGCAGCUGGUAG